AUGAUUAGCUUCAUAACAGAUUGUGAGGGCGACUACCAAUACUGGAGCCGAUGCGUGGCUCUGAGCGAAGUGGUCGAGUUCAAUUCAGAAGGUUCACUGUCAUUCAAAAGGCGAGACGCCCAAGAUUACUUUGUGUUUGGAGGGGAUGUGUUUGACAAGGGCUUGGGAGACCUGCGGAUUGCUGGGCAGCUGUUGGAAUUCAAGAAGUCCCACCCCGACCGUGUCUGGCUGCUUGCUGGCAACCGCGACUUGAAUAAAUUGCGUUUCCCAGCGGAGUUGGCAGAAGAUGACAUCGACGUGCCCCAGCCGGUCCCGUUGUAUCCACGGGCACCACCACAGGUGUCUUUACGCAGCUUUCUAGAGAAGCAGUUGGAAGGUGAAGAUGCCGGGAAAACCGUGGACGAUGUCAAUACUCAGGCUAAUCGCCUACGGUGGAUUUUGGACCACACCAUGACAGCUACCGGCGCUUUCGAGCUUCGCAGGCAGGAGAUGGCAAUCCUUUCGGGCAAAGAUGCUUGGGCGGUCAGCGAUGAUGAGGUUGUGAGCAGCUUCCUCGAAUCGGUUUCGCAGGAAGAUGGGUUGGUCUGGGAGUAUCUGAUCCACAGCAGCCUUCUAGUGGUGAUUGGGGACUGCCUGUUCGUGCACGGUGGGCUUCCCAAGGAUGCCAUCAACUGGAUUCCUUCCAUGGACAUGCGCUACCUGCAGCCUGACGAAGGCGCCACCUGCGGGGGCAAGCGUGUGGAGGGUGCGUUGCAGGAUUGGGUGGGCGCCAUGAACGACUUUCUUCAGGAGGGCUUGCGCGAUUUCCGAGCGCAGAUGUAUUGGCGAUCGGGCCGCGUUCGCGGGGGCGAGGGCCUCUUGUGCCUAACCAGCACUCCGGCCUGCUUUCGACGCUCCAUUGUGGUAGAGUCACUGUUGCAAGGAGGCAUCCCUGAUCACUUGGACGGGGAGGUUGAAGCCUUCCUCAUGAAAGGGGGUGUUCGGACUGUUUUCUGUGGACACAAGCCCUGUGGCGACUCCCCUUUCGUUGUUCGCGGGGAGAGUGUGGCAGUGGUUCAUUGCGAUACCACCUACAGCGAUGCAGCUGCCCCGGACAAGCGCG